ACGAGUACCAGCUGGUACCACGGGGCUCCUCAUCCUCCUCGGGACUUCAUUUGUUGCUGCUGCUGAAAUCAGGACAUGGAACUGAAAUCGAAGCGCAAACCUGUAGACGUUGUCCUUGGAUGCUUCAUCGCAGUCUGCCUUUAUAACCUUUGUCUGGCUCAAAGACUUUGCACGGUGCCCCCUGGCCCCAUACCAGUGUCAGAAAACAACACGGCUGACGUCCAGGUGGCCAAAAUCAGCUCCAACAGUGAUGUGACUCUGACAGUGACGGUGAACCCUGAAGAUUUAUUCUACCUGAAAGGAAAUGCCCUCAUGGUAAAGAAAGGCCUGGACUAUGAGUCAUUGCCCAGCGCGACUCUGAUGGUGUGGAUAAAGUGCAGCAGAGCUGGCUCUAGAUCUGUGAACGAGUCCGUCGAGGUUUUGGUUGAAAACGUGAACGAUAACCCCCCCAACUUUGCUCAGAACCACUACGUGCUGGAUGUGAAUGAGCUCAUUCCUGUCAACUCCAGUAUUGGUCUGAUAGAAGCCACAGAUGUUGAUUCACAGCCGCUGUAUUAUCGCUUGGAGACGGCAACAGACAAGUAUUUCCGCUUGGAAAACGUCAAUACUCCAAAGAUACUUGUGAAAUCCAUCCUGGACUACGAUGUCGUACAAAAGAUCUCGCUGGUCUUACACGUGCAGGAUACGUUCAACGGUUCAGCUUCCAACAAGCCCUUCUUCACCUCUGUGGCCACCAUCACAGUGCGUGUGAAGGAUGUGGACAACCGGCCUCCGUGGUUUCAGCCAUGCACGAGGACAAACUUAGGAGCUGCUAAACUGUGUGUGAGCAGCGGCUACAGAGGCAAAGUCAACCUCACAGAGAAACAGGAAGGCCCGUUGGUGCUGGAACCUGGCCCUGUGUUUGCCAAGGAUGGAGACAAGAACAGGAGCGAGCAGAUCAGCUACAGAAUAUUACGAGGAAAUGAAGGAAAUAUAUUUCAGAUUGAUGAAGAAACGGGGAACAUCACAAUGACCAAAGCUGCUGAUAUUGUUGGUCCAAUAACCCUCACUAUCCUGGCAUCACAGGUGACCAACAGAGAUCAGUUUGCGGUGACACAGGUUACCAUUGAUGUGAUGAAGAAGAGCAGGAGUCCUCCUCGUUUUGAAAGGGAGAGAUAUGAAGGAUUUAUCUACAGCAACUCUGUGCCUGAGACUAUGAUCCUCCGAGACAGAAACACCAACCGACCCUUCAGGGUCCGAGCACGGGACGAAGACUUCGCCAGUGGUGUGAAUCCAGAUGUCAAAUACGAGGUUCAGUACAGCAGCUACGUCAACGUGACCUCUGAUGGUUUCGUGAUACUGAAAAGAGUUGUGAAGACAGAGUCCUUCGCUCUUCAGCUCCGAGCAGUGGAUGUGACAACAGGGGAGUUUGGAACUGCAGCCCUCUCAGUUCAGGUCAUACCUGAUUUAGCCAGCCCAUCUCCCUCAAACAUCGGCUAUCGUCCAGGUGACAUGGCGCUUCUGGGCUUGAUCAUGGCAGCUCUGCUGAUCCUUUGCCUGAUUGUUAUUGGCUUCUUAGUUUCCCACUUGUGGAAGGGAAAUACGGGUGUGGACAAACUAUGUGAGUGCUUGAGCCCAUGUUUGCAGUCCGGCCAGCCCCGAAGUGGCCACAGAGACUCCCUGCAGUACACCAAUGAUGGCUUCCAGAAUGAGUGGGAGCUGAGCCGUCGGGGAGCCAGACGCUGGAACAACGUUCUCCCCAGAAGGAGCACCUUCCCCCAGGCCCGGGGCCGCGUCAUACCCCUAGAGAGGCGGAGCCACCACUGUUCCUCAUGUGGCGUCUAUACUAACCACAUCCCUAAGGGGAGUCCCUCAGUGAGACCCUCCAGGAGGGGCAGAGAAGAUGAGGAUGAAUAUGGUACAAGGUCAAUCCUGACCAAGCAGCGGAGGAAGGAGGGCCAGAAGACUGUGUGGUUCAAGGAGAGUGAAGAUUCGUCAGACAUUGAGGUGGAGAUCAUCCCAGACACUGUGGGUCGGGUGGAGGAGGAGACUGAGGAGGAGCUGGAGGGGGAGGUAGAGAUGGAAGGUGUUGUCAGAGACCCGGCAGCCCCUUUAAGAGAGGCUGAUGAUGGGCAGGAGACCAGUGAGGAACAGCACCCAGAGAACGCUAGUUCAGAAAAACAGGAGGGAAGCCAGGAGCGGGAGCACUGACAGCAGAGGUCAGAGGUCAAACUGGAGUCUGAAAGGACUGAGCUGAGUGCUGUUUGCUUUCCUGCCACUUUUUGGAUGCUAAAGCCUACAGUCAAGGCCUCAGCAGUGGACAAUGGCACGUCUAACAUCUGUGGACUACUGCCCAACCUCAAAGAACUGACUCAAGCAUCCAAAAGUAUUUCUCUUCUACUGUGAGUAUACUACACUACAGUUCCAGUGGAAAUAACUGGAUACCAAACAUACACUUGGAACCAGUGUGGGCCAAGUAUUAAAGAUGAGAUAAGAUCUUCCAAUAACACUAACACAUUUUUGGUUUAUAAUUGUGCCCAUUAGACUAUUACAGUCCCCAUUACAGGAAUUGUAGAGAUCACAGUGCCAGCACUACCUCAAGUCCAGCGGGGCAAAAAACAGGAGCAGUCAACCUAGUCGAGGUUGAGAUCCGAUGCUUUACAGUCUGUGUGUAACAGUUUGCAUGUAAAUGUAGCAACACAAUACCGAACAGGUGAUCAAAGAGCAACGUUUUCCCCUUCUAAACAUUGGAAAGGUUUUUAAGGAGACCUUUCCAACGUUUACCUGAGAAAUUAAUUUCUUUUUUAAA